UUAGGAGUGCGCCCUUAGCAGCUCUGGCAGUUGCUCCUACUCUCUCGAGGUAGCAACAACCUAGAGCGAUUGAUGGCGAAAGUUACUAAGAAAUCAAAGGACACGGUGUCGGAAAUGAAUGUCCCGACUUCAUCUAGUGAGACACAGGAGGUGGCAAAGCCUAUCAUGCCAAUUAAGACCAAAGCUGCCUACAAAUUAUAUCCCCCUAGCAUUCUCUGUGGCAAGGGUGCGAGGACCAACAAACGUGGAAAACGCAGCAGCUCCCAAAAGACCAAGAAGGAUGCUGGAGAGGCCGCUCAGCCUGCGGCUAAGAAGACCAAACAAUCACCACUGGUCGAGCAGCCAACCGUGCCCGUGCCCGAAGUGUUACCUGCCACCGCCACCGCCACAGCAGCUACACCAGUAACAACGGUGGCAGCAGUGGAGGCUGUAAAAGAGGCAGUGGUGGUGAAGGAGGAGGCAGCGGUUGUGGAGGAGGCAGUGGUGGUGAAGGAGGAGGUAGUGGUGGUGAAGGAGGAGACAGUUGUGAAGGAGGAGGCAGUUGUGGUAAAGGAGGAGGCAGUCAUCAUGGUGAAGGAGGAGGCAGUUGUGUUGAAGGAGGAGGCCGCGGUAGUGAAGGAGGACACCGCGGUGGUGGAGGAGGCAGUUGUGAAGGAGGAGGCAGUUGUGGUGGAGGAGGAGGCUGUCCUGGUGAAGGAGGAGGCUGUCGAGGUGAAGGAGGAGGCUGCCGAGGUGAAGGAGGAGGCUGUCGAGGUGAAGGAGGAGGCUGUCGAGGUGAAGGAGGAGGCUGUCGAGGUGAAGGAGGAGGCAGUGGUAAAGCCCAUCAAGGAGGAACCGAUCCCGACCAGCGAAGCAGUAGCCACUACUACAACCAGUGUUCCUGAUGAGGCAGAGAGCCAAUAGAUGGCUAUCUCAAUGCUGGGAAUUUCCCAGACCCCCAAAGAAUAAAAUUUUAAAUUUUAUUGAUAUUGUUAAAAAUAAACUGAUUGUAAUUGGAAA